AUGAACGGAACAGGAGGAUUUGCUUCACCUCAACAGCAACCGCAACAGCAGCCUCAGCCAUACUCGCCUCCGUCUGGCGGCCAGAUCGCGCCUGGAUCUAUCACUUACACAACAUCCACCAGCGCGGAUGGUCAGGUUACAUAUCAUCCCUUCAGCUAUCAGACACCCCAAGGUGUUGUGCAUGGUAUCCAAUGGGUCCCUGCCGAAGCCACACAGAUCUUGCCAGCGGGUGCUCAGCCUGCCAAUGCAGAAUUCGCUGCAUCCUUUAAUCGCGGCCAGCUCAGCAGGGAUGAAGAGAAGGAGCUCGAAAAGUGGAAACGCUCUGAGGAGAAGCGCAAAAAGAAAGAAGAGAAGGCAUCCCUAAAGAACAUCGCGAAACAGAUUGAAAAGGACGAAAUAGAGAUCCGCAUGUCGCGCGAGAGGGAUACUCAUGUCAGAGAACGCAAAAGGAGCUUCUAUGGAGAAGCACCUCCCUCUGGAUACGCGAUGCCGGGGACCGCUGCGUACGGCACCUAUGGCAAUCCCGCAGAUCUUGACCGCAGAUUUGGAGAUCUCGACGUAGUAGAGCGCAAGGAGGUUACCUUUGCUGCGAGACCCAGAAAGAUUUCUCAGAGUGGUCCAGGGGGAUACUCUUCCCCUCCCGCCACCUACAGCAGCCCAACAGGUUAUCCAACAACUGGAGGUGCUAGCCCUUACAACCGUGCAGCCUCCCCUUACAGGCCUGUAGGUAAUUUCGCCACUUCACCAAAUAUGAGGCCGCAAGAAUUCCCCUCCGCGUACCCUGGUGGACCGGAUCCCAUGGCGAGGGCGCCUUCUCCGUAUGGUGCCCGAGCACCCUCUCCUUAUGGUGCUAGAGCGCCUUCUCCUUAUGGGGCUACAGGACCCCCUCCCAGAGCGCCCUCUCCUUAUGGUGCUACAGCGCCUCCUUAUGGUGCCAGAGCGCCCUCUCCUUAUGGUGCCAGAGCGCCCUCUCCUUAUGGUGCCAGAGCGCCCUCCCCUUAUGGUGCCACAGCGCCUACUCCUUACGGUGCCAGAGCGCCCUCUCCUUAUGGCGCCAGAGCACCCUCUCCUUAUGGGGGACCACCCUCUUCUUAUGGUGCUCGAGCGCCUUCUCCAAUGCCGCAGGUGCCCCGUGGUCCUUCUCCAAUGCCGCCGCGUGCACCUUCUCCAUACGCACGCCCCGUAUCCCGUGCACCGUCCCCAUACCAUGGUCAACCGCCAACAUCGACCUAUCCUCCUCCUCAUCGCGCUCCUUCGCCAUUUGUCCCUCCUGGCCAAAUUCAAUCAGUAUACCCCCGUGGGCAUGUCCUUGAAGGCCAGCCUAUCGCGGCCCCUCGGUCGCGAGCACCCUCUCCAAUGCCUGGAUUCCCCUCAUCCCCCCGUAUGCCCAACGCAGGAUUCCCUUCAUCCCCCCGUAUGCCCGGUGCUGCCACAGGAGGAGAAUCACUACAGCUCGCUGCUCCGGAGGCAUUCUCCCGUCCGCCCAAUGCCGCCCAGCCUUACACCCCGUUCAGCGUAAUGAGGAUCCAAGAUAUGGACAAGUUCUACGAUCAGAUUCCUCGCAUGCCACUAGUGCUGGACACUCAUGACGUUUACCACCAGGAUUGGAUCAGAUUCAUGAAUGAUCUUGCUCUUGCGUGGGCUGGCAAGAUGCCCAUCCAUGAGUUCUCCAAGGGGGGGAUUCCUCCAAAGCGUACCUCACUUGUUGCAGAUUUGAUCAAUCUGUGGAACGAUUCAUUCUUCCGUGCCCGUCGCGUUGAGGUGGUCCUCUACAAAGGCCGCGAGCGACGCUCAGGUCCGCACACAGGGACCAUGGACAAAAACCUUCCAAUGCCUGAUCUUGACCUCGACUCUGAUUCAGACUCGUCGGAUUCUUCUUCUUCUCUCUCUUCGGAGUCUGACGACGGGUACUACGGUCGCGGUGGUGAUCUCGCUGAAUCCAAGAGAAGGCGCCGGGAGAAGAAGGAGGAAAAGAAGUGGCGCAAGAAGGAAAAGAAGCUCAGGAAAAGGGUCAAGGAACGCGAGAGGCAGUACGCGUUGUACUUGAACUACAUUGCUCCUCGCGACAUGCCUGUUCCAGGAAAUUACUAUGGUUGA